UCUUUCUGGCAAGUACAAAAAGGGAGCAUAGCUAGCUCUUUGGCGAGACACCAUUCCGUGUCGGGUGAAGGUGCAUAUUAUCUCCUUACUUUUUGUUGCUGUAGUAGGUAAUCCAGCAGCUUUUGGGCUUGUGCCCUUCAGCCCAAAGCCAAGUUAGUAUUGAUGUAAGUCUUCGACAUUUGCUCUCUGCUGCAAUAUUAGGUAUUUUCUGUGGUAGGGCUGGGGGAACUACAGGAGAUCCUGUAGUUUGGGACAAUCGAAAAACAGCUGUUGAACUGCUCUGAACAUAUAUCUCAUGAUAUCCCACAUAGCCCACGGCCUGCCGUUCCUGAUGAGUCCUUGAAUACAGGCCUUAAUUGCAAACGUUCUACGUACCAAAUUAUGAGACAAUGACUCUUCUUUUGUACGUUCUCAGACGCCCGUCCAUCGACGUGGAGAGAAUGGUGGUUCCUGAGCCAGAAGAAGUCGUGCAGAAUGGAUGGGCGCUGAGGUCAAGGGGAAAGAACUCUAUGACAGGAUCGCUACUGUCUCUGUUCCCGUUCCGUCACCUCCGGCCUCACGGGCAAACAGACUCACGAGACACUCUGACGUCACACGAUAGUGGACGUUACCUGUCCGUGCCCAAUGGCAAACUUCGUUAUCGGCCAGUCCCGCGAGGGGAGGCGGGGGAAGACGAAGGAGAGGAAGACCGCAGGCCAUCCCUCAAUUUGCCGGUAACGCGCAUGGCUGACUUAGAAGACAGACUGGCUGUGCUUCAGGUGGUGGCAUUAGGACUAGCUGCUUAUUAACUGGCGGUAGAUGUGGUUGUAGACGCUAAUCAUCCAUCCAUCCAUCCAUCCAUCCCUCCACCCAUCGAUCCACAUAUCUAUCCAUAAAUCUAUACAUCAGUCUCUCAAUCGUUCAGUCCAUUCAUCCAUCCAGGCAUCUGUACAUCCAUCCAUUCAUCCAUCUAUACACCAACAAGCCACUCACUCACUC